CCAUGCAUGGGCAGACACUCCUGGACCCAGAUGACCUUGAUGAUGUCGACCCGCUCAGAUGAUCAAUUCCAUGGACAGUUGUUGUUUUCUGUACUAGCUAGCUAGCUGGAUGACCUUGAUGAUGCAUGGCUCAAGCUUCUUCUGAAUUUAUGGCAUUGUUGGCGACUAUCAAGGAAUGUGCAAACCUUGAGAAAAUCAGACAAAACAUGGUGAAAGAAGGGCAGGAGGUUAGCUAUGAUAGGUGGGCUAAGGCAGCCGGAGUUGAUGAGGCAAUUCUGAAGAGUACACUGCAAGCAGGUUACUGCUGCAGAGGCAGAGAGAGGCUGUUGGUUACCACUGAAUGGCUUGUCAAGUACAUUGCGAGGACAUACACCGGAAUGGGAACUGCUUUUGAUGAUCUACUCCAGGCUGGGAAAAUGGGGGUCCUUGAUGGCGCCGAGAGGUUCGACAGUGAGAAAGGCUGCAAAUUCUCGACAUAUGUGAAGUACUGGAUAAGGAAAGCGAUGCUAGCGCUCCUCGCUGAAAAUUCUGGAGUAAUCCAGCUACCUGCAAGGAUGGAGAGUAUCAUCCGCAAAGUGAAAGAAGCUAAACGUGUAAUCCGAUCCAGCAUGGGUAGGAAUCCGAUAGACGCGGAGAUCGCUACCUUCAUUGGCGUGUCGGUUUCCAACGUUAGGUUGGCAAGGAAGUGCUCUCGUCGCGUCGUUUCACUCUACACGGAGAUCGGAACCGGACAGAACGCCAAGUUCAUGGAGGUGACACCAGACACAUCCCUGGAAUCUCCAGACGAGGCCAUCUUCCGGAGGCAGAUGAGGGAGAGGCUGCUGCUCGUCCUCGACAGGCUCCCGGCGAGAGAAGGGCACGUGCUGAAGCUGCGGCAUGGGCUCGAGGAUGGCAAGUGCAGGUCCCUGGAGCAGAUCAGCGGCAUCUAUCAUGUGUCCAAGGAGUGGAUCCGGAAGAUUGAGAAGUCGGCCAUGUCGAAGCUCCGGAACGAGGACGUGCACCAUGAACUCAAGGACUUCAGUGGAUUCUAGCACAAGAGAGCUCACCGCCUCAGCCCCUUGUGAUAGGAUUCAGAGUUUCAGACAGGAGUUUGUAUAUAUUGACAACUUGCAGCAUCACAUCGCAACGCAUGAUGACACACUUGUCCUGAUGUUGAGUUGGUGACCAAUGAGUAGCCACUAGCACAUACUUAAUUAUAUCACAAACAUGGAGAUGUAAUACAGGGUUAACUUGAUUAUAUAUAUAAGGGUGAAUUGACAGUGAAAAACUGUAAACAAAAUUAUUAUUUUCAUGUUUUUGUAGUUUAAGUUCAUUUGCUGAUU